CGGCCAGUCUCCCCGCGACUGAGUUCCGAAGCGGGGGAAGGAAAGAGCGAAACUGUUCCCUCCGCACGGUUGCAUGACGGGAAUUGUAGUGCGCGUUUUAAAACAACACUUCUAACUACUCCUUGGGUUUUUUGUUUUUGCUUGAGGCGGGGGAGACCCUUCGCUCCUUCCUGCCGCCAUCUUGUGACCUCGUGGGGCUGUCACCACCUCCUCCUUCCUCUCCCCCCGCCCAGCCCAGCCCAGCCUCCCCUUAGCCGGAGCUCCGAAAGAGGGAGCUGGGGAGACUGUUGCAACUGCAGUGCCGCAGCCCAUCGUUUGAGUGGAGGCGGCUGGAAGUACCGAGGUGGAAGGGAGCCCGUCUGGACCUGAGCCUGAUGAUGACUGAUCCAAGUGGGACCAUAACAGGAAGAUCAGAUGGGGUGCACAUUUGAAAUGUGUAAUCCUUGGACCUACAUUAUCAUCCAGCCCACAUGGUUGAAGUAAAGAAAAUGUUCUCAUGAUGCCAAGAGAGAUGCAUGGCUCACUCUUACUCUGAUUUUUAAACCAAAGCUAUCCAUCAACCAAAAUGAGAGUAAUGCACAAUGAGCACAGGAUACGGUUUCCAAAUAACUGAAGUGUGAAGCAGACCUCAUGAAUUUCAACCACAAAGAUUCAGAGAUCAUCACUGAUGACUGUCCUAAUGAAGACCUCCCUGAAAUAGAGCUGGUGAGCAUGCUUGAAGAACAGUUGCCUCAAUACAAGUUACGAGUGGACUCUUUGUAUCUCUCUGAAAAUGAAGACUGGAUCCAGUCUCCGAGCUGUCACAGUCACGUCCCUGAGAUCAAUUCCCCAGUCCUUGCCGAGGAGACUUUCCGUUACAUGACUCUUCUUGAACUUCCCCCUUCCUCCUUGGCAGGACCUCAUAAACACACACAAGUUCUUGGCACAGACAGACGAGAGCAAGUGACAAACUACAAUGAUGUUGAAGUGGUUACGCAUCUGCUGGCUGAGAGAGAUCGGGACCUGGAGUUAGCAGCACGAAUUGGACAAGCCCUACUUAAACGGAACCAUAUCCUAACAGAGCAAAAUGAAGCUCUGGAGGAACAAUUGGGCCAAGCCUUUGAUAAGGUUCACCAGCUGCAGCAUGAACUAACAAAAAAAGAUGAGCUGCUUCGUGUAGUAUCCAUUGCUUCUGAAGAAAGUGAGACUGACUCUAGCUGUUCCACACCACUUCGCUUCAAUGAAUCCUUCAACCUGUCACAGGGUCUCCUGCAGUUGGAUAUAUUGCAAGUUAAACUCAGGGAACUGGAGGAGGAAAACCUUUCCCUUCGAACAAAGGCCUGCAAUCUGAAGACUGAAACCAUGACAUAUGAAGAGAAGGAAAUAAAGCUGGUCAGUGACUGUGUCAAAGAAAUCCGGGAAACAAAUGUUCAGAUUGCCAGGAUGAAUGAAGAGUUGACAAGGAAGAAUGAAGAACUGCUUCAUUACCAGGAAGAGAUCUCAUCUCUCUUGUCCCAAAUUGUGGAUCUUCAGCAUAAAAUCAAAGAGCAUGUAAUUGAAAAAGAGGAGUUGAAACUGCAUCUGCAAGCUUCCAAAGAUGCCCAGAGACAGCUGACAGCAGAGCUGAAUGACUUACAAGAGCGGAAUGCCGAGUGUCUGGGGAUGUUGCAUGAGUCGCAAGAAGAAGCAAAGGGACUCCGCAGCAAAGCCAGCCAUGCUGCCCUUCUCUGUCGCCCGCAGUCAUGUGGAGCAUUUCCUGUGGAUUCAUUGGCAGCAGAGAUUGAAGGGACGAUGAGGACAAUGAGUCUGGAUGAGGAAUCAGUCGCUAAACAAAAGAUUCAGCAAAAACGAGUGUUUGAUACUGUGAAAGUUGCUAAUGUUAUACGCGGCCGUUGUGCUUCGUGUCCGAGCACACUACCCAUUCCAGGGUCAAAUCGCUCAAGUGUUGUUAUGACAGUAAAGCCUUUUCACUCUGGCUUACAACAUGAAGAAAGAAAAUCACAUCUGUCUCAGAGGACCAGCUCAGAGAACAUUUCUAAUAGAGAUGAUCAAGAUGUGGGCCAUCCUGAUGUGCCUGGAGAAGAUGACGUAGUCACUGCUCUGCACAGGCUUACUCUUCGUCGGCAGAACUACUUAAGUGAAAUGCGAUUCUUUGAAGAAGAAUGUCAGCGCAGGAUGUGUAUGCUGGCUGACCAGAAGGAAGAGUUUAGCCACUGUAGCACACCAGUGGAGAGCUACUUUUCAGUGGGCAGCAGUUCAGAACUUACUGACUUCUCUGGAAGCUCCAGCAGCAUGCGUUCCUUCCUCCCAGAGAAGUUACAAAUUGUCAAACCCCUUGAAGGAUCUCAGACCCUGUUCCACUGGCAGCAGCUGGCUCAGCCUAACCUAGGCACAAUCCUUGACCCACGCCCUGGUGUUGUCACAAAAGGGUUCACACCACUGUCUCAAGAUGAUGAAGUCUAUCAUCUGUCUGAUUUGGAAGAAGAUGAGCAAAGGGAUGAAGGCAUAACCUUCCAAGUGCAACAGUCCCCUCUGGAGGAAAGGAAACUCACAGUGCCAAAGUCAAUGGCAGGAAUCUUUCUGCCACCCACUAAAUUUGCAGCAGUACCUCUCACAGCUUCUAAUCCAGGAAAAUGUCUCUCCUCUACAAAUUCGACAUUUACUUUUACCACCUGCAGGAUCCUCCACCCAUCAGAUAUCACACAGGUUACCCCCAGUGCUUUAUAUGCUCCCCUGUGCUCUGGGAGUAGCAGCAGUACAAGCAACACAGUUACAAGCUCUCCAGUCAUGUCAUAUAGACUUAGUAUUGGAGAAUUCCUUAGUAACAGAGGAGAGUCAACUACCACCUUCAGUUGCACCACAAAUUUAGCUAAGCUUCUGCAAGAGCAGGGCAUCUCAGCCAAGGUCAACAGUCCAGUCUUGGAGAAGGGGCUGCUGCUUCAAUCCCCCAGGAUAUUUGCUGUCCCCUCAACACCACCAAAUUCUCCUUUGCACUCCCCUUGUCCUUCCCCUUUGCCUUUUGAAUCACGAGCAAACAUGUCUGAAAACUUCUUGGCCUCUCGACCUGCUGAAACAAUACUUCAGGAGAUGUAUGGACAGAAACCUUCUAAUCCUUCUGACACAGGACAGCUGAAGAUGAACUUGGUGGAGAGGCUAAAAAAGCUGGGUAUUGCCAGAGCUGUCAAACAUCCUGAGGCAGGAGAUCAUAGAAAAAAUCAAGGAGCAAAACUUGGCCUGCAAAGGCAUGACUCAGCUGUGUAUGUAAGUGCAGGCAGCAACCUGAUGGGUGGACUGAGAAGAAACCACAGUCUUCCAGUCUUGAUUGGGGCACUUGGAGGUCCAGUGGGUGUAUCCUCUUCAAAAAUGGGAGUCCUGAAGGAGGACUGAAUAAUUUAACAUUAUUGACUUUCACCGGAUAAAUAAUAUGAAAUGCAUGGACUUGCGCUGUGGGCUGUGGAUGACAGAAUGUAAACAAAAGAGUUGUGGUGGGAGGCAAGUAUAUGAUUAAAGGAAUAAAGUAGGGGUAGCGGUGGAGACUUGGCAUGGAGUGUGGAAAAGAGGAAACUUUAAGAGAGUGAAAGAGAGAGGAAAACAGUAUUCAAUUCUGGGACAGCAAAGAAAGAGGAAACCAAAAUUCUGUCUUGAGAUCACUGAAAUCUCUAACCUCUUGUCUGGAUCAAAAGGAGGCAACACAAAUAUGUUUAUAUUUUCUAUCAUUGAUAAUACAUAUAUCAGAAAUAGUACAUGUCUGAUUAAGUUCUUUCCUUGAGUGUAUUUUGUGAGGUGUUACCUGAGAGAUCCUACCACUUAACUAUAGUUCAAUGGAGAGGAGUAAAAUGUCUGUCACAGGCUCUUGUUCUGAAUCAGAACAAGAGGUGCAAUUGGUUUUUCAGAGAUCUAGUAGAUAUUCUGUCAGUUUUUAUUUUCAGUUUAUAAUUCAAACUGAUGUCUCCUCUAAAAACAGUGUCACAGGCUCAUUAUCAUAGUAUCAUAGAAGAUACUUGUGCUGUAUAUUAUAACCAGGAGUAAAGCAUUACAGUGACAUUUCCUGUUGCACAAAAAAAUCUCAGGCAAAUAUUAAUGUUAUAAAAAGGGAAAUAAAUCCAUGUGCUUUAUUCAGGGUUUAUAUUUAUUUGCUUUAAAUUGAGAACAUAUAUUUGACAUGUAUUGUGCAUUUUACAUUUGGCUGUAUUUGGGACAUGUUUACCAGCUUAAGCACUUAUGCUGAAAUUGUCCUGGAGUAAUCCCAUAGAUUUACAACAUAACCCAAGUCUAAGUGACUUUAGAUUGGAUCCAUAAUCCUUGGGAAGAAGUCAGUUUUCUUCUGAUUCCUAGCAAGCUUCUACUGAAUGCUUUCCUAGAGGACAUAAUUGAAGCUCUAUAACAAAAAAUAAUAUGCACAGUUCCAGUGUUUAUGUGAAACAAGAUGACAACUGUUUUUUUUAACUGCAGUAGACACAAGUGAUGACAUUGAAGAAAAAGAAACCUUCCUCCCAGAUAAGGGACAUUCUGAACCAUAAUGUGUUUGAAUACAUCCAAGAUGGCAGACCUUUCUGUGUUUUGCAGAAUGAAUUGAUAGACAUUUAAUCUCUCUCUCUCAGGAUGACUUUGGAUGUGACACAAAUACAGGAAGAAGAGAAGAAACAAGUGGCUUAUACUUCCUUGUUUUCAUGCUUUCUGUAUGAUGACUGAAGUGGGAGCUUACAAUACAUAAUUGUGCUCACAUCUAAAAAUUGGCAUUUUACCAUUGGGUGAGAAUCCUUGCAAAUCAGACCAUGCUUACAGCAUGCUAUGCGUAAAAACUGAUUAGAGCUUGUGGUGAACUAAUGCAUAUAUUCACCAUGCCAUGGGCACAUUCCAUUGUAUGCAGGCAAAGAUUGUAUGGUUUGAAAAUUAAGCACAAACAGUAGCUGUGUAACUUGACCCACAGUCAUAAUGUGACUUGGCAAGAGGACCAUUCCAUAUAUGAGCUUCUGUUAUUGCAGGAUAUAUCUAAAUCCCUGAGUAGCUUUAAUAUAAAACAUAGUGAUGGCUUUGUAUGUGACUAUGUGUCAUAUGCAGCAUAGCUUUUCUCCUCUUAACCAAUCUCUUAGAUAUUCUUGGUAAGGGGUUUUUUUUUUUAAUGGUUUUUGGAAAGCAAAAUGUGCCAAACAACUAUGCAAGUAACUUUGUCUCUAAGUGAGAUCAUAGCGGUUCCAUUGAUUAUAGAAAUUGUGGGAAAUUCAAGUUUAAAUUACUAUAUUCACGUUAAUGCUAUUUAAAAUUAAAAUCAUAUUCUAAGAUUUUGAAAGCAUUUAUUGUGAACUCCCUUAAUAUAUAAAACAAGAUAAAUAAAAUAGGACUUCAUUUAAUUUGCUCUCUAUUUGGUGUCUGACACGUCCUGUUGUGAUUUUACGGUACUCAGGAAAGAUCAGGUAAUGAUAGCCAGAAAUAUAUAGGGGAAGAAAGCACAGUGUGUGAGUGUGUGUGUGAGAGAGAGAGAGAAGAUCUGUAAAUUCCCGUUAUUCUUUUUUUUUUUUUUUUAAAGGAGUGAAUAUGGUUUUUCAUUGGCUUUACAAUUGCAUCUGCUUUUUAAUUAUCUGUACUCAUUAGUGGAAGACGCAGAUCUGGUAAACCAGACUUCUUUUUGUAGGCCUUGUUCAUGUAAAUGUUUAUUUUGUAAGUAUUUUUGCAUCAGUAAAUCAGUUUGCAUGUUAAUCCAUUCUGAAGCUUUUCCUUCUUCCAAGAGGGCAUAGCAGAACAUCUCAGCCUAUCAAAAUAGAAAGCAAGCCUGGUCCAAGUAAUGAUUGGGGGCUGCCUAAUAAAUUAUUUGUCAUUCCAUUGCAGCCCAUAACAAAUAUACACACGUAUUCAAGUGCAUUUUGUACAGUGUGCCUAAAGUUCCUGCUCUCCAGGAAAUUAUCUGAGAGUAACAGUACCUUUGUGCCAAAGUUCUUUAAGGUGGUAGUGAUGUUUUAAUGAGCCCUGGAGCAUAGGGGUACCAGCACAUCUCAAUUCAAGAGAUGCCAAUGGCCAUGAGUAACAUCCCCAAAUUCCUUCUGCUUUGUUAUAGCAUAUGAUGGUUUGACCAACAAUAACAAGCCUGCUGGAUGUCUUGAAAAAAAUGGUUAUCGUUAGGGGAAGGAAGCAAUGUAACUGGCCAUCUCUUUACAUAACAAUGGAUACUGUACUUGGAUGUCAAAUCAGCACAAAGUUACAAAUACCCUUAUUUAAUAUAAAACAAUAUUGAAAGGUUUCUAGCUUGGUUACCUGAAUUUGAGAAUUUCACAAUACAAAUGUAUUAAAAUCUCUCUUACUCAAGUCAGAAGGCUGCAGGGUGUUGUUGUUGUUUUUUGUUGAUUUUGUUUUUGUAAACCCAAAUACAUAUCUUAAAGCUUAUGCAGAUCAGUUGUACAGGUAGAAAGUGAAAUCUUUCCGUUGAAGAAAAUGUCUUCUAUAAUGCAAAGCAGCACAGGAAAACGUAAAGGUUUGGGAUAGAUCCCUUUUGCCAUUCCCAGCAGGUUGUGCUAUAUUUCUUCAGUGACAGAUUAUUUUUUUUUGGACAGGUUUUUUCUUAUGGUAGAAUGUAUGUCUGAUAAUAAAAACAAAACCUGCCUUUUCAUGUAA